CCUUAUUCUAAAAGUCAAAGCCUUGAUUGGAGAAAAAGAUGUUUGACCCGAUCCGACCGAUUCCAACUUGACCCGGCACUACCCAUAAGUAGUCUUGGUCAUUACUCAUUACCAGUGUUUCACUAGUUACCUCCAACGUCGUGUCUUCCACGCGCUUCAAUGGCGACACCAUCUCCUCCCCCUCCAACGGUGAAUCUCUGGGUAGUCUUAACAGAAUCAAAACGGAUAAUCAACGCCCACUCCCGCCACUUCCUCGCUCUCUCCGUCCUCUUCCUCCUCCCCAUCUCCUUCUCCAUAACCGUCUACCCAUCCAUCUCCCUCCUCAUCAUCAACCAAUCCUCCCCUUCUCACACCACCCUCUCUCUCCUCCGCAUCCAUCAACCACCAAACCCCAAGACCGUCCUCCUCCUUCUGAUCACUUACAUAAUCUUCGUCACCGUCUUCAACCUCUUAUCCAUCGGAUCAAUCACCUACAGUAUCUUCCAAGGCUUCUACGGAAGGCCCGUGAAACUCAUCUCCGCCGUCAAGUCAAGCUUCACCUCCUUCUUACCUCUCCUCGCUACCCUCGUCUCCUCCAACUCCAUCGUCUUCGCCAUCUUACUCAUUCUAGGUCUCGCAGCCUUCUCGUUGACUCGCGUCAUCAUCGAGCUCAUCGUCCCGAGUCUUGAAGUCGAUUACGAUUACUUCCAAGCUCUCUCCGCCGUUGUAAUACUCAUCUUCGUCGCCAUCGUGACCAAGCUCUACGUGAAUUGGAUCCUCGCGUGGGUCGUCGUUGUUGUUGAAUCGUCUUAUGGGUUGACGCCGUUGAAGAGAAGCAGAUGCUUGGUCAAAGGCAUGGAAAGCGUUUCUCUUUCCAUGAUCGUUGUCUUCAGUAUAGCCCAGUCGAGUAUGGUCUGGAUCAGCACCGUCGUAGCAGCUUCCGAAAUUGGAAAUGGCGGGAAACUGUGGACUAACGUUUUCUUCUUCGUGGUCCAGAUCGUGAUCACGUCUGCGUUGCUAACGGGUUUGAUGUUGUACAAUCUUGCGGGGACCACCGUGAUGUAUAUGUACUGUAAAGCUGUUCAGGGCGAGCUUGCUUGGGAGAUAGCUGAGGAGUUUGCGAGAGAGUAUGUGAGUUUGCCCUUUGAUGAUUGUAAAGUUCCUCACGUGGUGUCUGUAGCUUACAACGGAUGAUGAUAUUUGAUGAUGAAAGAGUUAAUGGUCAGUCUUGUUUUUAAGUGUUUUGACUGAAUCGGACAGUGGCUUUGCCUUUGUGUUUUCUUUUGACAUGUUCCAAGCUUUUUGUAAUAACGUGUGUGAAUGAUGUAAACGUGUGGUGAUUGAAUUUUUUUGGUAAAGAUUUAUUCAUCUUC